UUACAGCAACGUUUUAUCUUAUUUCCGUUUUGUCAAAAAGGGGGAGGAUGCAACGCACGUAGUUCUCCUAUAAAAAAUGAAGUAUACAAUCGUUCUGGUUGGCGUCAUUGGUGUUUGUUACAUAUCAUUUUGUUCUGCAGUGACCCCUGUAAGGUUAGUUGAUGGCCCGCAUCGUCACGCCGGGAGACUAGAGGUGUACUAUAAAGGUGAAUGGGGAAGUGUAUGUGGUUCUGGCUUUGACCAAGAUGACGCAGACGUCGUUUGUGGAAUGAUUCGGAACACAACAAUAAGACUAUUCUACGCUAUAUGGCAUGGCAAUAAUUACUACGGACGGAGUCAAGGACCUCUCAUUAUCACACACCUCCAAUGUAACGGUACAGAAAAUGACAUAUUUUUCUGCAAGUCUGAAAAAUGGAAAAGUGGUCAAUCUUGUAAUUAUAAUUAUCAAAAUGUCGGUGUAAGCUGCAGCACAUCAGUAUUCCUAGAUAAUAGGGGGCUUGUUCAAAUAUUUUAUAACGGCAGAUGGGAAUAUGUUUGUAAUAACAACUUUGAUACUAAUGAAGCAGACGUUAUCUGUAGAACAUUGGGAUUAAGUUCCAGAAACGCUUCAUAUGACAGACACAGAUACCAAAUAAGAGUCCCCAGUUUAAUAGUUAACUGCGGGGGAGAAGAAGAAGAUCUCAGUCAGUGUAACAUAUAUGAAGGUUACUGCAGUACAUAUUAUCACGUCCAGGUGGAAUGCGGUGAUACAGACAUUCGGUUUAUCAAUGGACCGAAUUCACAGCAUGGUCAACUUCAAGUGGACUAUCAUAGAAUAUGGACGGAUAUUUGUUACGACGGAUUCGGUCCAAAUGAAGCUCGUGUUGCCUGUAAAAUGAUUAAUGGUACAGAUGUAGCUGGUACUAUAACACGAAGGUAUCAUAGCGGAUACUCUUACAACGUAAGGGAUUUAUCAUGCACAGGAAAAGAGGAUGAUCUGUCACAAUGUUUGUCUGGUAGAUGGGGAGGAUAUUCUAGAUGUCCGUCUUCAUAUAUCGUCGACCUAGACUGCAACACAGUUCGGCUGAUGGACGCAGGCAACAAUGUAUAUCAAGCUGGACGUCUAGAGGUAUACACUAAUGAAACCAUGGGAUGGCAAACUGUUUGUGCCGACUACUUUUAUACAAGUGAUGCCAGGACUGUUUGUAGAAUGCUUGGAUAUAAUAAUGGGUAUUAUACAUAUGUGUACAACAAGUAUCCAAGAGGUCAUGCUGAUAUGAUGUCACAAGUGUUUAAUUGUCGUGGAUACGAGAAUGACAUCUCGGAAUGUCCGUCAUACAGGACCUAUUCAUAUUGCAGUUCUGGACGUGAAGCAGGAGUUGAUUGUUCGUACAGCGGAUCCUACACACAGUCAUAUUUUCUCUCGACUCUACAAACAGAAUCCAGUAUCAGACUGGUGAAUGGAAAUGGUCAUUCAGGACGCGUAGAGGUCAAUUAUAAAGGUGAAUGGGGGACGAUCUGUGACUCGAGUUUCGAUCACGAUGAUGUACAAGUCAUUUGUCGAAGUCUUGGCCUGUACCAGGGAAGCAGCUAUGGCGUUGCAUAUUAUGGGGCACAUUUUGGUGACGGUGAAGGGAAUGUGGUUAUUGAAGAUUUACAAUGCAAUGGUUAUGAAAAUCAUAUUUCUAAGUGUGCGUCUAAAACCUGGCUUUCAAAUGGAUGUGACCACAGCAGAGAUGUAGGGGUGGAUUGUUACGCAUAUAGAUAUGAUCUAUACACCACUGGAAGUUAUAACGUAAUGGUGAGCAGCGGUAAUUACGAGGGGGCAAUACGUCUUGUAAAUGGAUAUGACAGAUAUUCCGGACGUGUGGAGGUUUUUUAUAAUGGACGCUGGGGUACUAUCUGCGACGACAAUUUCAAUAAUAAUGACGCCAGGGUUGUUUGCCGUGUUCUUGGCAUGAAUUAUGGACACUACACUGUAUAUAAUUCGGCACAUUUCGGUGCUGGAAAUGGGCCUAUAACAAUUGAUAAUCUCGAUUGUACCGGCUAUGAAUGGGGCUUGUCACAGUGUAACUCCCAACCAUGGUACUCCCAUGAUUGUUCACAUAGUGAAGAUGUCGGUGUCAAUUGCUAUGGCUAUUAUACAACAAAUCUACCCUGGUGGUACCACCAAACAACGGAAAGAACAAUAAUGCGGUCACCGACUAUGGACGAGAUAAUUCACGUGGAUUGUGACGAGAAUGGCUGGAAUAUCAGAGUGGACAUGUACCGUCUCCGUGAGUUGUAUCCCAAUGCCAGGGCGUCAGAUAUUUACCUUGGAGAGAACUCGUGUACUGGCAGUCAAAGCUGGAGUAGUGUAACAUUCAGGCAGGGUCUCCGGGAAUGUCUUACAUCUGAAACAAUAAGAGGUAACGUUUUGGUAUACAGUAAUGAGUUGGUGUAUGCUGAAAGGGAUCCUAACUAUCAGUUUAUUAUACGGCACUAUAACUGGACAGUUGGUAUUGAAUGUGAUGUUGACAGGAAUGAAAGCUCGUCAGCUCACAUACACCAUGAUAACAACCAUUUAGCGUUACCUGAAGUGACCGGAAGUAGUCAUUUCUCAGUGAACAUGUCAUUUUACUCGGAUCCUAACUUUAUGCGACAAAUCUAUGGUAAUCCACUGCGUGUUUCGGUUGGCGAUAAAGUAUACGUGAAGGUUUAUACAACAACACCGGACUGGAGUGUGAAGAUGCGUGUUCACACGUGUUACACGAAACCAUCACAGAAUGCUGGAGACUAUAUGAAAUUCUUCCUUAUACGAAAUGGUUGUGAGGUUGAUUCAAACACGCACCUUAUAACACAGUCUUCUCACGAGACAAAGUUUGUGUUCGAGGAUUUCGAGUACGCUAGCAACCAUGAAGGUAUACACGUGUUUUGUGACGCUGUGUUCUGUUCAUCACAUGAUUAUUCGGGACAGUGUCAGCAGACCUGCCAUCCAGUUUUCCGUAGAAAACUUAAUGUUGCAAAAGUCGAGACAGAACACAUAACUGUAGCGAGUACGGAGACAGAGGGUGAUGAUGAAACCACAAUGGCUAAUGUAGGGUUCAAUAAUGUCGACGUAACAAUGGCGAAUGUAGAGGUUAAUAAUGGUGACGCUACAAUGGCGAAUGUAGAGGUGAAUAAUGGCGACGCAACAAUUGCACACGGACCGGUAGAUAUUGGUGACGUAACAGUGGCGAAUAGGGAUGAGGGUAAUGAAGACAUAACACUAUCAAACGCAGUUGAUGAUAUUGAAAACACGACUGUGGUGUAAGGAAAAGUACAAGAAUCACACCAGUUUGCAAGACAAUCUUUUGGAACUUCUUGAUUUCAUUAUAACUUUGAUUAAAUCAAUAAGACAUAAAUUGUAUUAAAAACUUUUUGUUA